UUACCCCAAGCACCUACACUACAUGACUUGAGCAACAUAAGCACUUGUUUGAAUUGAACAAGAAGAGCAAUAGAAAAUAUGGAGUAAAACAGUUAUUAAAUAGCUAAUGAGAUCUCAGAAUGUUACAAUUAUCUUCAAUUCCUCGUAGGAAUUUACAGAAAGACAACGCCGUAUAUAUAUAUAUCAGUCGCAUCAUAGAUCCCAUAAACAAAAAACAGAGAGAGAAUUUUAACGAUGACAGAAAAAAUGCAAAAUAAAAAUAUGGAAACUGAAGAUAUAGAAGCAUCUCAGAAAUUACAGUCCCCAUGAUUAUCUUCACUGUAAAUCAAAGCGCAAGGAUAACGAUUGUGAGAAUUCAUCAUUGAUGCUCAUCCUCAAAAUCUAAAAACCAAAAUUCAGAAAAGCCAUAAAUUGAAAUGUACGAGAAACACAAGACAGAUGCCCUUGAGAGAUUAGAAGCAAAGAGAAGCUGCAAUAACGGCAUACGCCUCUCCUCGCUCGUCAGGGGUUAGGGCAUUAUAUGAUUUGCGCUAACCCUAGAGGCUCCGUGAAGGAUGAUCUAAUUCCGGAUUCGUCGAAGACGUUGGGCCGAAAUCAACAACGUGAGCCCAUUUAGUAAACCCAGCCCCAAUAUCCUCGCGCCCUCGAUUUGUCUUCAAAGCCAGGCCCAGUAAGGCAACCCAAUGGCCCAACGAUAUGUCUCUCGUGGACAAACGAAGUCCACAAAUGCAGACCGAAUUCCCCACCACUCGAUCUCUCAUUUGUAGACCCCCUCUCCAAGUUUCACCGACCCUGUCUGCUUAUAAGGCUCACUCAUGUCCACCAUUUGAUGUAAAUAACCAAACUCCCACUUCGCAAAUCAUCAGCAAACCGUCUUCGAUAUGGGUUUGAUUUUGGGGAAGAUCACAGUGGAAACCCCGAAAUAUGAUGUGAUUCAAUCAACAUCAGACUACGAAAUCCGCAAGUAUGAGCCGUCUGUGAUAGCUGAAGUCACAUAUGAUCCUUCACAAUUUGACGGAAAGAAAGACGGUGGCUUCAUGAUUUUGGCAAACUACAUAGGUGCUCUUGGGAAUCCUCAGAACGCCAAGCCUGAAAAGAUAGCCAUGACUGCGCCAGUAAUAACGAAGGAGUACGCCAAUGGUGAGAAAAUUGACAUGACAGCUCCUGUCGUGACCAAGGCAGAUGAGAAUAAGACGGUGACAAUGCAGUUUGUGUUGCCGGCGAAGUAUAAGAAGGCAGAGGAGGCGCCAAAGCCGGUGGAUGAGAGGGUGGUGAUAAGGGAGGAGGGGGAGAGGAAGUAUGCGGUAGUGAAGUUUGGAGGAGUGGCUAGUGAUAAGGUUGUGGAGGAGAAGGCGGAGAAGCUGAAAAGGUGCUUGGAGAGAGAUGGGUAUAAGGUAAUUGGGGAGUUUCAGUUGGGUAGGUAUAAUCCUCCAUGGACUUUGCCUCCUCUUAGGACCAAUGAAGUCAUGAUUCCAGUCGAGUAACGUGUAAAAACCUCAUCAUGUGGUUUUGGUUUAUUGUGCUUUCUCUAGUACCUGUACUACAAUACAGUUUUUCUUGUUUCUAAUCAAGUUUCCAGUUCCUUUUA